AUGAUCCUGAACCUUCUUCUAAGUACUAUAUUUACUUAUAUAACAGUGCUAUAUAAUACCAAGCACAGCCAAUUUAAUAAUAGUAGACAAAAAACAAAUAUAAACACCUUUCUUCAAAUAAAAUAUAAUCAAGAUAAGUCUAUAGAAGUUAGUAAUGACCAAAAAAAUUAUAUAGAGAAAGCAAUAGACUAUGAAGAUUCUAUACAAAGUGAAGAACUACAAGAACCGACAAUGAAAGAUUUCAUUGAAGAAGACUAUAACAAGGCUAUAAUAAAAAGAUCUCCAAAGAAAGUCAAACUUUCACAUAUAAAACCUAAACAAUUAACAGAAAGACCAGAAACAGAAAAGAUACCUACUGAUGAAUUUACUUUUAUGGUCAGACCUAACGAAAGAAUGUUAGGAAUUGAGCAAUUUGUAACUCCUGAAAUUGAAAAAUUAAACAAAAUUUACUACAGCAUAAGUGCUGGGUCUAUACUAGUUGAAGGAGAAGGAUCAAUUAAAAACUUAAAGACACCUAAUUUUGGUCACUUUUCGCUCCCCGGAUUCAUAAAAGAUGAAAUUUUUAAUAAAGAGUACUACCUUUCAACAGUUCCAUUUAUUCGUUAUACACCUUUAUUUAUAGAGGUUAGAGGAUCUGCAUAUAAUGCAGCCCUACAUGGAAUUUAUCAAAGAGAUGACUCACUUAUUCUUUCUAAUACUGACCAACGUUAUCCAUGGUAUGCUGAUCCUAUUCGUAGACCAGUAUAUAAGCGUAUAUCAUCAAACCCUACUUUAUAUAUAUUUUUUCUGACCUAUCCACUUGAAAGAUGGUGUAUAGGAGACACAUGGCCAAUCUCAAAUCCAAAAUCAUCAACAGGAAAGAUAUAUGCAGAAAUAUUAGGAAGACCAUACUCACCAGCUUUUUCACGAGGAUGGUAUGUACAACCUAGAAAGUAUGCUGCACAUGACAUAGUUCCCUAUAUAGAUUUAGAUCCAAGUUCACCAUUAAGAAAUCCCUUACCAGUAAAAAUCCCUCCAGGUCUAGAAUCAAAAAGAGUCGUUAUUUUUGACAAAGAUCUCAUUGUUGAUGAAGCCAGACCAUUCACAUUCUUACCCCCUAAAUCACCAUUACUACAAAGUUUACCUUUAGUGCAAUCUCCAGAUGAUGUCAAACUAUUUCCUGGUUGUCCAAAUAUGCACAUGAGUAGGUUUAGUGGAAUUACAAAAUACAAUACGCCUACAUGUAUACCACCAACCAGAGGAAUUUUAGAUAUAGUGCUUAAUGGAGCAAAUGGAUACUUUAACAAUGCACUAUACUCUUGGGAAGGAUACUUUAAAAAUAGACCUUACUUUGUACAGAGAGGCCCACUAAGAGACGAAUCUGGGGCAAUACUACAAAGCUCAAUAGUUGAAUAUCCCGGGGAUACAUUAUACUUAUGGUCAUUAGUAGAAGAAUCAAAAAAAACAACUUGGUAUUUAUCUAGACAACUUGGAAACACACACUCUAGUCAGGUAGGGGCAAUCUGGCAACGACCUGAAUCAUCAAGAGUUACUUCACCUGUAGAUUGGCCAGCAGAAAGGGGACUAGAACUUGAACCAGAUGGUUGGACUUUUCCAAGACCCCCAUUUAAAAAAAAGUACUUAUAUAAUACUCCAAAAGGGAAAUAUUCAAAUGAAAAAACUUUCAUCAGAGUGCAAGGUCUUAAAGAAAAAAACGUGAAAAUGGUUAUAAGUGGUGCACCAGAAGAUAUCAACGGAGAUUAUUAUCACCUAGGAGAUUAUUUAGGAUUUCCAUUUUUUAGACAACGCCGUAAUAAAAAAAGAAAUCAUCCAGGUUAUGUGCUCUAUAGAGGAACUGUCAUUUCAAAAUCUAAAGACCUUUGGGUCAUAGGCACAACUCUUGGUAGUAUUCAUGGGAUAAAGGCCUAUGCGAUUGACUAUCCUAAAGAAACUAUUGAAUCUAACUUAAAAUCAAGAUCCGGAUUUACCUAUUAUGGUGGAACAAGAUGGCCGCAUCAGUUACCACUCGGUACAUGGCGUACAUGGAUGCCUGUAGAUAAUUCGAUAAAAAUCAAUAUUUACAGUAAAGAGUUAAAAGGUCGCAAUGCCGAAAAUGUUGCUAAAGAAGUGCCUUUUCAAUGGAAGACCUUUGAGUCAUUAUUUGUGAACUUAGAAUAUAUUAAACCAGAUGAAUUGUUUAAACAUCAUGUAACACCUGUAAUUGGAAACCCAUUCAAUAAGAAACCUAAAAAGUUACCUCUUGGAUAUACUGAACCAAGUAUUAUGGACUUAAGUACUACUCAUCUAAAUGAACACUCCACAAAAAGAGAAAGUAUAGAGCAUCAACCAAUUAAAAAUGAAAAAUAUGAAAUUCAGAAUACUCAAAACAAACAAAUAAAUAUGACUUUAUCCAGUAAUAUUGAAAACCUCCAAAAGAAAAGUGUUAGUAUUUCUUCACUUAAUAAUCUAAAUUACGAUAUGAAGUGGGUCUGGAUUGGGAUAUCUAUACUAGCACUAUUAAUUAUCCUAAUUCCAAUAUACCAUUGUAUUCGUAGAUAUAAUUUAAAAAAUAAUAAACAUGACUAUAAAAAUCCUGUAAAUCAAGAUAUAAUUUUAGGAAGACCUGAGAAACUUCCACACCCCAACAAACAAUAUAUUAUAUAG